GGAAUCCUUUCAGAUGCUUUCUCACACCAGACACUGAAGAAAGGUGUAGGGAGGGAAAGGAGGGGUAUAUGGGAGAUUUGUUGGAUUUCCAUUUCCUUGUCGUUACAAACUUGUGUCCGGGAUGGGAAAGGAGCAGGAGCUGCUGGAAGCCGCCCGGACUGGGAAUGUCGCGUUGGUGGAGAAACUGUUAAGUGGGAAAAAGGGAAUACUGGGGUCAGGUUCCGGCUCCAUCCCUCUGCCCAACCUACUGAGCAUGUGGAAGGGCCUGAAUGUGAACUGCACAGACAGCUCAGGAUACACGCCUUUACAUCACGCUUCACUCAAUGGACACAGGGAGGUGGUGCUGAAACUUCUCCAGUUUGAGGCAUCCACAAACGUGGCUGACAGCAAAGGUUGUUUCCCGCUGCACCUGGCUGCCUGGAGGGGAGAUGUAGACAUCGUCCGUAUCCUCAUUCACCAUGGCCCUUCCCACUGCCGUGUCAACCAACAGAACCAUGAAAAGGAAACUGCCCUCCACUGUGCAGCCCAGUAUGGACACUCAGAGGUGGUUUCAGUGCUGCUGCAGGAGCUGACCGACCCCACCAUGAGAAACAGCCGACAUGAGACUCCCCUGGACCUAGCAGCACUGUACGGCCGACUGCAGGUGGUGUGCAUGCUGGUGGGUGCUCACCCCAACCUCAUGACCAGCCACACUCGACUACACACUCCGCUUCACCUGGCUGCCCGCAACGGACACCACAGCACCGUCCAGACUCUGCUUGAGGCCGGCAUGGACGUCAACUGCGUGACUGAGAAUGGCAGUGCCCUCCAUGAGGCAGCUCUCUUUGGGAAGAUGGAUGUUGUUCGCCUUCUGCUUGACUCAGGGAUCGACACCAAUCUGAGAGACAGCCAGGGAAGAACGGCUCUGGAUAUCCUGAGGGAUCAUCCUGCACCUAAAUCCCAGCAGAUCACUGCUCUUAUCCAAGAAUAUAUGAUGGAUGAGAUGGAGAAGCUGAGUAUCCUGGAGGAGCCUGUCCGCAAGUGUCCUGUCCCUACACCUCGGACGUCUGUUCCCUCGCCCUCCGCUUCCCCUUCUCUCAGACACAAGAAUGAUGCUGUGACAAGUGAGCUGUCCAAACUACUUCAUGAGAUCAAAAAGUGCCGGGACAGGGACUACUCCUUUGAGGAGCUCUGCCACACCAUCUCCUCCCACUCCAUGGACAGCUUUGGCAGCGGGCGGCUGUCUGACGAGGAGCGCCCAGAUCGACCCAACGGCACCCUGACUCGAGUCAGCAAGCGGCCGACCCCACCUCUCCCUCCGGCCAUGGAGGAAGAUGAGGCAGAAAAGAGUUGCGGCCCCACUGGCUUCUGGGAAGCAUUGACGCCAUGCAAUGGCUGCCGCAACCUGGGCUUCUCCAGCCUGUCACAGGAUUCAAAGCGGUCAGCAGAGAUCAUCACUUCUCCGUCGCUGGAUGUUUUCCUUCCAGAAGACGAGGACAACCCAUAUGAGUCUGUGACCACUGCGGUCACACGCAAACCCUCCUCUCUUGAUAUCACCCAGCGGCUCAACAGCUGUCCACGCAAUGGUCACUUGUCCCAUGUAACGGUGAGUGAGGGGGAGCACAGUAACCAUGGUAACUGUUCAACAGGACCCACACCAGACUGCUCGCCGCCCUCCCCUGACACAGCCCUGAAGAGCAUCGAGAGAGUCAUCCGCCCACAGCCCAAACAGCGCACCUCUCUGUCCUCAUCUUUGGAUGUCCAAAGGCUGGUCAACCACAGCUGCGAGCCUAGCGAGGUAAGCUCUUCCCUGGGCUACGCCAGCUUCAGCACCAGUCCCCCUGCCAGCCCUCCACUCAGCCCCAACCAGGAGGACUCUGAAGGCUCCAACGACGACUGUCAACUCACAGACGACAUCCCGUAUCAACGAGACCCGACUCCUCCCCUUCCCUACUCUUCCUCCAAUUCAAACGCUCUGCCAGAGGAACGCAGGAAAAGCCACAUCCCAGAGGAGUUUGCAGGCCUUCUUCAUGGCUCUUCUCCAGCCUGUGAACCCCCCGAUACGCCUUACCACCUUUACAGCCCCAAAUCUUUUAAAAAUACAGAUGUCCAGAGCAGUUUUCUGCAGACCCCAGAGUUCAGCAUUGUGAUCGGCGGAGGAGCCAUUCCGAGAUCAGCCAACGACACUCGAAAGCCACAGGUCGUAUACCGAACUGUCUUCCACACAAAGGUCAACCAGGACCAGGCUCGACCCAGGAACUGUCAACAGGUAGAUCCACCUCGUGGAUGGUCUACGCUGAGCCACCCACCCUCUUGUUCCUCUGGUCAGAACGGAGAAGUUGCAGAUUUACGGGGAACCCAGACCGGAGCAGCAUCCAAAGACAGUUCACCUGGGACUGGCUACGAAGAAAGGGCUUGCACCCUUGGGAGGAUGAGAUCCAUGCCACGCAGUGUGUUGGACCUGCAGCUGUCAAAAUCUCUGUCCAAGUCUGAUUCGAACCUAGUGGCUGUGUCCCCCAUACAGGAAGAGCACAGUUGGGGGUCUGGAUCACGGGGCCAGGGCCCUGGAAGUCCGAGCCCACGUGAAGGCGCCAGCCCGGAGGGAAGAUUGGAGAGAACGCCAUCUUUCACUGCUGAGUGGGAAGAGAUUGACAAGAUUAUGAGUUCUAUUGGGGCUGGAAUAGGCAGUGGAUUGGACAUCAAGGAGGAUACCUCAGGUCCCCGCUGCCCGCUGCAGUCAGUGGGCCAGUGGCUAGACUCCAUCGGCCUGGUCCAGUACGAGAACCACCUGCUGGCCAAUGGAUUCGACAACGUCCAGUUUAUGGGCAGCAAUGUGGUGGAGGACCAGGACCUACUGGAAAUUGGAAUCCUCAACUCGGCCCACAGACAGCGUCUCCUGCAGGCUAUACGGCUGUUGCCCAGGGUGAGACCUAUUGGAUACGAUGGCAACAACCCCACAUCAGUGGCAGAGUGGCUGGAGUCUUUGGAGCUCGGUGACUACACAAAGGCUUUCCUUGUCAAUGGUUACACCUCAAUGGAGCUGGUCAAAAAGAUCUGGGAGAUUGAGCUCAUCAAUGUACUGAAGAUCAAUCUUAUCGGCCACAGAAAACGGAUUCUGGCCUCAUUGGGGGACCGGCUACACGAAGACACCCCUCAGAAACCUCCACGGGCCAUCUCCUUAAGGGAGCCCGGGGGAAACCACACUCCUCCCCAGCUCAGCCCGUCAGUAGGCCAGGCAGCGUACACAGCAGGGGUCCCAGGUGGAUCUCUGGACGUGCAGCACCUCAUGAUGCAGGCGGACGCCCGGCGCAGGCAGCGCAGCAAUGACAACUACUUUGAGGACGUGCCGCGAUCCAAGCUGGAGCGACAGAUGGCUCAAGUCAGCAUGGCAGGCGAGUGGUGUGAGCCAAUCACAUUGCGUCCGCCCAACGAGGCCACCUCAUCCACUCCAGUGCAGUACUGGCAGCAUCACCCCGAGAAGCUCAUCUUUCAGUCCUGUGACUACGAAGCCUACUACCUGGGCUCAAUGUUGGUGAAGGAGCUGAGGGGGACGGAGUCCACACAAGAUGCCUGCGCCAAGAUGAGGAAGUCGACAGAACAAAUGAAGAAAGUGCCGACCAUCGUGCUCUCCGUGUCCUACAAAGGAGUGAAGUUCAUCGACGCCACAAAUAAGAACAUCAUAGCAGAGCAUGAGAUUCGUAACAUCUCGUGUGCAGCUCAGGAUCCAGAGGAUCUGUCUACAUUUGCCUACAUCACCAAAGACCUCAAGUCCAGUCACCACUACUGCCAUGUCUUCACUGCUUUUGAUGUGAACCUGGCCUAUGAGAUCAUCCUGACACUCGGACAGGCCUUCGAGGUGGCCUACCAGCUAGCCCUACAGGCUAGGAAGAGCGGCCAUGGAUCAUCCACACUGCCUGAGAGCUUUGACACCAAACCCAGCAAACCUGUCCCCAAGCCCCGCAUCAACAUACGCAAGUCUAUGGAGCAGCCGUCCAUGGACCAGAAGGGCCAUGCCAACGUGCCGUGGAUUGUGGAGCCAGGUCAGGAGGCCAAAAGAGGAGUCAACACCAAGGCAAUGCCGGAUGCUCAUGUCUAUUACUGUGGAAUGCAAAGAAUGUAGCCAGCCUAAACAUGGACCUUGUCACACACACAAUGCAAAAAGGACUACAAAGGACCCUCUUGUUCACUUUUCAAAAGGACUACAAACAUGGAUGCUACUCCAGUGUUUAAGGUUGACUACAAAAUUUUAACAUCAUUCAUUUACAUGUUGCUUGACACAGUAAACAUUGGACCAGCUGAUAUUCACACACACACACACACACACACACUAACAGGACUGCAUCUUGACAGACAACUGUCUGCUCUGAAUGUACACUUAUAUGAAAGCAGCCUCAACUUUCUGCAACUCCAGCAGGAUCCGUUUUAUGCGCCCAACUGGGAGGCAUGACCUUCGAACUUUUGGCAGGUCAGCAUCUCCACGGAGACUGUGAGUAUGGUUACAGGGCAUGUUUAGGUAAUAGACGGUGGGCAUGUGUCAGUGUUGGCAUGAGUUCCACAAUGUCUGGCUGGCUCUUUUGGUCUUUUCUUUUUUUUCUCCUUGUUGUUUUUUCUUUAAUGUCAGAAAAUAAUACAGAGAUAUAUGCACAAGUGUGUAAAUGACUAGCUGCAACACGCUCAAGAUGCAACAGGUGACUCAUUAUGGAUGAAGAGCCUAUGUGAACAAAAGCAUCUGGCGUCUAAAAAAAAAAAACAAAAAAAAACAAAAGUAUUCUAUUCGUAUUGCCUGACAUUUUAAUGUUUAAUAUGAGAGUACUAUAUUACCAUGAGAAUUAUGAUUAUACUUGUGCAAUUCUUGUCUACUGUUGUCUUAAUGUUACAUUAUUUUUCUAUGAUAUGCUGAAAUGAAAACCUUGGGCCUGAGAAUGAUGGCAAUCCUUUAACAAAAAAUUAAAUAAAAAUCUGAAACUUAGAUGGUCAUACUUGUACACAGAGAGUGAAUGUCGCAGGUGGCUAGCUAUCUCUUAGGUCAGGUCAACUCUCCAUCAUUUCUCAUGGGGCUCUACUCUUAUCUAGCAGAUGUACUAUUUUAAAACGCAGUAUUACUGUAUUAUUUGGAUGAGAAAUCAUCCAAUUAUAAAGUGUAAAUAGAUAUUUUGCCAACUCAUUGUUCAUACAUGUAAAAGAGAAAAGAAUAAAGGAUUUGCAGUAAAUGGCACUGGAAACAUGGUACCAAAAUAAAGGUUGGACAUUAAAAAAAAAAAAAGUGGUAGAUUGUAGAGACUGUAUUUUGAGUGAAGACUAACAUGAAUUAUUUGGUGACAUCACUGCUGACCAACUAAUGUACAUAGGCUUGGGCUUCCAGCACACUGAUUUUUGUAAUUUUGGCCAUUAUUUAUAUCCUUGUAAAUCACAUGAAAUAAAAUAUGACUUGUACAACCAUA